AUGUCCCGAUGGACUCAACAGGCAGGUUGGCUUUGUACCACAGAGAAAGAUGAGCGGCUCUUUCUGCAGCAUCACCCAAGGCCCCCCGAUCACAAUGACAUCAUAUUUCGAAGUGCCAAACUCCAUAUCUGCCAUGGUCCCACUUUUCCACACAUGCUGAAACCCCCCAUCCCUCCCAAAGACUGCCGGUACCACGAGGCAGCACCAGCCAUGACCGAAGGGCCACAUCCGAGUGUAGCUGUUCAAAAUGUCUUCUUUUGGCAGGUCUGUCUGCAGAAAUACAGAGACCACCAAAGAGAACAAAAAAAGAAGCAGACAGAAGAGGUGACAUCCUCACAGGAGAAGGAGCUGGCAGAAAAAGAUGCCACCAUAAGAGCUUUGGAAGAGGAGAACAAGACCUUAGCCAGCGAACUGGCCCAUCUUCUGGAGCGGAAUGAGGAACUGAAGCACUUUACAAAUCUUGAUCCAGAAAGAGAGGCUGAGAGAAAAGAGUUGGAGGUUGCAAUAUUGAAGAAAAAAUUGGAAAGGGAGCAGAAGGCAAUCAGCCGACUCACCGCUGAGGUCUCAAGAGAGAGGGAGAGGAGAAGAGACCUCAUGAGAGCCCGGGACCAGGCAAUCGAUGCCAUCUGCUCCCAGUUGCUAUCUAUACCUUACUCUGAGAGAAGAUUGUCGCCUCUGCAAGAAGCAAAUAGAAAAAAAUAUCUCAAUGCGUCAAGAAGUAGCUCGGGGUCAAGUUAUGACAGUUGACUCUAUCGUGGUCAAGAACAUGUGGGUUCCCAACCACAGAUUGUAGUAGAGAUGGAUGAAUUCAAAGACACCUGUACCUCUUUUGGGACUCCCUCUUCUCCCGUCUUAACUCAACCAGGAACAACCAGGACCAGCUGUGGCUCAGAGAUGUAGUCAAGUGACAUACAUCACUUUUUACACCUCUUCCUUUAACCAAGACAAUGGCAAUUGGUCCCAAUUUGGUCCCAACUGAAGUCGUAACAUGAUGACUACCUGUAUUAUGAAAAUUCUCCUUCACCACCAAAUACGCUCCUGAAGAAAUUGCUUUUGGCGUCCAUUUCUUGUCUGGGGUCAAAGUCAGGAAAAUGCUUCCAGAAAUUUGAAUGUCACGCAGGAUGACCGUGCCCUGAAAGUUUCUGCCCUGAGUACCUGGGAUGUUAAGAAAGAACACCUCAAGAGCGCCCAGGGGAAAGACAUCAAGCGUGCUUUGGUCAAUGGCCUUGCCAGCCAAGUUGAUACCUUCCAUUUGCCCAAAUGUCCACCCAUCCGUUGAUGAUGAAGUAAAAGAUGAUUAGGGAUCUGGAGGCUAAGUCUUACGACGAUUGAACUAGGCGUGUCUAGCCUAACCAAGCAAAGGAUUAGGAGUGUCAUGAUAGCUGUCUGCCAAUAGUUGAGGGGCUGCCAGAGAGAAAAGGGGGAUGGCCUAUUCUCCAAAGCAUCUGGAACAGGAUAAGAAGUAACCGACAGAAAAUCAUCAUGGAGGGAUCCAACCUAGAAUGAUGGAGAAAUUUCCUGAUAGUGAGAACAAUGAAUCAGUGGAAAGGCUUGCCUCAGGCUAAUUGGAGAAUGUGAUUAAUGACUGCUUCAUGGGAGUGGGAAUUGCAAUUAGUUACGUUGUAUCUGGGGGAAGGGAAUCUGGUUUCGGGUUGAACUAUGUAGUGCCAAUACUUUGUUUCCUGAACAAAAUGUUCUUUAAGGAAGAAUUCUUGCCUUGAAGUUCUUUUGCUGGGUUUCAUCUAUCGGAAUCAUGAGAGGAUAUGCAAAUACAACUCAACAGAACGUUCUCACUUACAAGUGCACCUCAGCUGAGAAAGGAAGCUCUAUAUUGCUUUCCAUGGCUUUCCAAGUGGACAUCGAUUCCUUAAUCUGUUCAGAUGGAAGAGUACAGCGCUGUCUCCCAAAUUUCAAUCGGUGACCUUUUAAUCACGAUGCAGAGAAACAACAGGCUAUACAAAGUGAAUGAAUGGAUGAAUGGAUGAAUAAACUGGGUCCAAGCAAUUUCUUCAGGCUUGUAAGCCAUUUUGCACAUUGGUAAAAUUGGGCAGGAGCACGUGACCUGUUUAACAAAUGGCAUAACGCUGCAACUCUAGAAUCGGUUACAGUCAUAAAUCGAGGACUACCUGUAUUAUAAUGAAUGUCAACGUAAUGCAGAACAUAAUUUUUAUAGCCUUAUUUUCUGUAUUUGUUUUCUUGUACAAAACAUUCCAUCUCCAUUAUUGAUCAUGAAGUAAAAUACAUUUUAAAAUAA